CUUUUUCCAAUCUUCAUUUGCUAAUCAUAAUAUUUAUAUUUUAUGAUGUAAUAACUAUUAAGAGUCUUAAACAACAUUAUCAAUCAUCCAACUGUAAAGCAAUCAACUUAUAACAUUGGGUACAGAUUGCACAAAACCCAGAAGUGCAAUGAGCCUUAAAAAAAGAAAGAAAAAUAAAGCUAAGGAUAAUCAAAAUCCCAUCUACAUAUUUUCUUUUUCUUUCACCAAAUUAACCAGUAAGUAAACAAACCCUCGAAAGAAGGGAAACCCAGAUAGAGAAUCUACCAAAUCAUGCCUUCAAGAUCCUUACCUCCAAGUUUUGACCAUCCUAGACCAAGUUUCAUUACUAAAACAAGAAUCUUGUUUUUGAUACUUACAAUCUCAGCUUCUGUUGUGAUUAUCUUUACGAUUAUUUACUUCCUUUACCAUCUUUGGUAUUCUCUUGUAAAUCGCUCAAGAACUAUCCCUUUUGACUCUACUACUACUUUAAAGCUCCAAAGGUUCCCUUACAAAGAGCUUAGAAUUGCCACCAAUGAUUUUGAUGAUGGUAAUAUUGUUGGUAAAGGUGGUUCUGGUACUGUCUUUAGAGGCAUUGCAACAGAUGGGAAGUUAUAUGCUAUUAAGAGGCUUGAUACUGUCUCUUUACAAUCAGAGAGGGAAUUCCAAAAUGAGUUGCAGAUUCUUGGUGGGUUAAGAUCACCUUUCUUGGUUACUUUAUUGGGAUACUGUGUUGAAAAGAAUAAGCGCUUGCUUAUUUAUGAGUAUAUGCCUAAUAAAAGUUUGCAAGAAUUGCUAUUUGGAGAUGGGCAUUUGAGUCUUAGUUGGGAAAGGAGAUUUAGCGUCGUUCUUGAUGUCGCAAAAGCACUUGAGUUUUUGCAUCUUGGAUGUGAUCCACCAGUUAUUCAUGGAGAUAUUAAGCCUAGCAAUGUUUUGCUGGAUCUUGAUUUUAGAGCCAAGAUUUCUGAUUUUGGGUUAUCAAGAAUUAAGGUGGAAGGUGAGUUUGGAGUGGAUUUGUUUAGCCAAGAUUUGGGGAAGAGUCAAGAUUUAUGGAAAAGUCAAGAGCUUUCGGGAAAUUUGACUUCCGAGACUCCAGCAAUUGGUACACCUGUGGAGAGUUGUCAAGAGGUAGAUUUUGCUCUUGCUUUACAAGCUUCUUCUUCAUCAAAAAAUAGUAGAACAUGCUAUAAUGUUAGAGCUUUGAAUGUGAAUUCUUUGAAUUAUAAUGCCAACAUUGCCGGUGAGAGUGGGGUUAAAGUAGGGAAUGGGAAUGGGAAAGGGAAAGAAGUUUCUAGUGUGGAUAUUAGCGGGGAUGACUGGAAUUGUAGGUUUUUGCCUUAUGAUGAUGAGCCUUGUAGUAUUGAUCAUAGUAAAGAGUUGAACUUUACUGGUUCUUCUGCUAUUGAUGAUUCUACUGGUACAAAACAAUGGGGAAAGGAUUGGUGGUGGAGACAGGAUGGAAGUGGUGAAUUGUGUAGUAAAGAUUAUGUUAUGGAGUGGAUAGGGAGUCAGAUUUGCCCAUCCACAAAUCCUGAUUGGGAUGAGGAAAAGAAAAAUACUCCUGAGAGAACAGAAUUGCAUAGUUUAGCCCCAUUGGAUAAAGUGGAAGACGGAAAUGAACCUCAGUCACAAGAAUUGGGGUUAGAAAAUCACAUUAAAGGAUUCGAGAUGAAAGAUUCAAGAGGCAGGAAGAGUCGUAGAAAGAAAAAUAGGAAGAUGCAAGAAUGGUGGAAAGAAGAACAUUUAGAUGAGAUUAGCAAGAAAAAUACUAAGCUGAAGAAUCUUGAAACAAAGUGGAAGAAAAGAUUUAAAACUCCCCAUUUUCAUUUGAGUUGCCGGUUUCAUUUUCAAAGGCGAAAGAAAUCUGGAGAGCUGAACCAAAAUGCCUCUGAUCAAAAUGGGGAGUUUAGUUUCAGAAGGGGUUGGAAGAAAAAGAAUGGACAUUCUGCAGGAAGUGAUAUGUGGAGCGGAGAUCUUUUUAGUCGCGAAUUGAGCAGCACAACAAGCAUGAGAGGAACUUUGUGCUAUGUUGCUCCAGAAUAUGGUGGAUGUGGGUACUUGAUGGAAAAAGCUGAUAUAUAUAGCUUAGGGGUUUUGAUUCUUGUGAUUGUGUCCGGUAGAAGGCCAUUGCAUGUUCUUGCUUCACCUAUGAAGCUCGAGAAAGCAAAUUUGAUAAGCUGGUGUAGGCACUUAGCUCAAGCUGGCAACAUUUUAGAACUUGUAGAUGAAAGAUUGAAGGAUGAGUACAACAAAGAAGAAGCAAGCUUAUGUAUCAAUUUGGCAUUGACUUGCUUGCAGAAGAUGCCAGAAUUAAGACCGGAUAUUGGAGAGGUUGUAAAGAUUUUGAAAGGGGAAAUGGAUCUUCUGCCUCUGCCAUUUGAGUUUUCGCCCUCUCCACCAUCUAAGCUGUUUAGUAGGUCGCGGAGAAGACAGAAGUCAAAUGCAGAGUAACUAAGUUUGUUUAUGUUGUGCCGUUGAUAAUUCUGGGAUUAGGACAAGCAAAGCUGACCUGGGUAGAUACUGGUUUUCUUCUUCAUUUGCAUAUAAAUAGACCACAAUUUUAUGUUUUUUUUAUGAAACUUCCUAUUGCAUUCAUUUGAUGUAAGGUUGAAGGGUACAUACAUAAAGUUAACAUGUUAAUAUAUGAAAAUGAAAUCCAAUUUUGAUUU